AACACGUUAGAAUGGGAAGAAAGAAGAGACAUUUGCUUCAGGGAUUGUAAGUACUUACAUUCAAACACUGACAAGAGUGGAAAACAAACAAAGUGCAUCAAGUUAUUUUCAAUGAAUUAUAGAAAAAUGUGCAGAAAACAUUAGUAAAAAAUACAUUUGAUUUAUUUUAGAGGUUUAAUUUAUAAAUUUCCACCCUGGUGUUACUUUUUUUUUUUUGUUAAAAUUAUUUUUAAUCACAUUUAGUUUUUUCGUUUUCAAUAAUCACAACUUGUCACCUUUUGAUUAAACUAUUUAUGCUUGGUUUAACAUUUUUAAAAAGGAACUUUUGUCAUCAAACCAGUCACUUAUCAUCACAUAAAACAAGCACAGAGCUCGUCAUAAAAGAGUAAAUUAUUUAAGGUUGUACCAAUUUGAACAUGUAAAUACAUCUGAUUCAUUGGCAUCAAAAGCUUUUUUUAUUAGUUUUAGCAUAAGGAAGUAGAUUUCUGGUAUGUGGUGAUGAUAAGAUGAAGUCAGUGAGUGAAAGAAGAGAAAAGCUGUAAACAUUUCCCUGUAAUGCACACCUUACUGGGAUUUACAUUUUUAAAAAGUAGCUCCACCUAAAUAUUUUAGCUACAAUUAGGCUUUGAUUAAAGUGAGUCAUGAUUGUUUCUGUUUAUGACUUGACUUUUAUGAGAACCACCCAAGAAAACAAGCAAAGCAAAAGUGGAAUAAUUGAGUUUUUAUCAUUUGUCCAGUUAAUUAAACAUAGGAAAUCAAUGUUCAGUCAUGCAUUAUGGAUUUGGUUUGCAUAAAACGCACAGAACCAAGUUCAAGCCAAGUCCAGUAACACUAAGGUAUUCCACAGUCUCCUUACGUCAUCAUUAUCUUGAUAUUCUUGGGAGUGAACUUUGUUCCCAUAAAAAGGAAGGUGGGGCCAAAUGUUUCAAACAGGUUUGCGUCUGCCUGUAAGCCAGUUUUGAGCUGGACAAUUUGCAUGUCAAAACUGGAAUCCACACCCUCUAUCUGCAGCCUGUUGUGUUUCGUGUUCAGACAACUUCUGGUCUGUGUCUCUGUCAGCUGGCAGUCAGCAGCUGCUUCAAACACAGAAGAAAAAAAAACGGCAGAAUAAAUGGAGGUGGGAUAUUUUAGGGCCAGUCCGGAGGAUUUCCCAAAAGGUCACUUUCUAAAUGCUCCGCAGAAACUCUGUGAGGAGAUGGACCCGCCAGAGUUUUCCCUGCUGUCCUCAAUGAGGGGGGAGUUCAAAUCUGAGCUUUACGUUCAGCCCCAUUACAAAGAGGCGUAUCGCCUGGCCAUCGACCGCCUGGUGGAGGAAGGCAGAGACGCUUACCACGACGUCCUCAAAGCAGAGAGAAUCGGGAACAUCCUGUCCGAUGACGAGAUUUUUUUCAUCACCACAAAUGCAGAACAACUGGUGGCUCAACCCAGCACAGAGGAGGAGGAGAACUGUCCAGUAGACAAGCAGUCCUCCUCGGGGACAUAUUGGCCUGUGAAAUCAGACGUGGAAGCACCAAAUUUAGAAUUAGGAUGGCCAGAUUUCUUGGAUGAGAACGUUCAGACUAAAAUAGAUUUGCUCUUCCAUCCACCGAGACCAAACAACCCAACCAUAAAAGAGGUGAUCCGGAAGCAUAUUCAGAAUGCAAGACAGGUCAUUGCUAUUGUAAUGGAUGCAUUCACAGACGUAGAUAUAUUCAAAGAAGCCAUUGACGCUUCAAUACAUGGAGUUGCAGUCUAUGUGCUUUUGGAUCAUUCCCAUCUGAAAAGUUUCCUCUCAAUGGCUGAAAGUUUGGACAUCAAAAUCCAACAACUCCGGCACAUGAGGGUGCGCACCGUGAAAGGGCAGGAUUACCUCUGUCGCUCAGGAGCUAAAUUUCAUGGAGCACUGGAGCAGAAGUUUCUUUUGGUAGACUGCCACAUUGCAAUUUAUGGCUCCUACAGUUAUACUUGGUCGUUUGAGAAGAUCAACCAGAGCAUGGUUCAGGUCAUCAAAGGUCACCUUGUGAAGUCCUACGACGAGGAGUUUCGGGUUCUCUACGCCAAGUCGACUGUUCCAACAGAACUGACUCCUCUGGAGGGCUGGUCUCAGCAGAAUGACUUCAUCGGACAACCGAUUCUGUCCAAAUUAAUUGGUCGGCAUGACCAACUCAGGCACUCCUUGGACACAGCCUAUCAGAGAACAAAUGAGAGAACAUUUAUGAGAGAUCUAGAAGAUAGGGCUUUUGAAAAGGAGAAUAACAUUAUGAAUGGAAUUACUAUUCAUGGUCAGAAGCCCCAAUUCCCCUAUUUAGAUUCCGUGAAGUCCACGAGCUAUAACAAAAGGCACAGCUAUGCAGGAGAAAGAGGAGACGGGUACCUGUCCCCGAACCUGAAACUCAGAGGAAGCAACUGGAACGUGUCCAGAGAGGAAAAGAACAGCCAGAUCAACCACUCCAUGAACAAUUAUCUGCAAGUACCUCAACAUUUUAGAGGCCAAAACAUGCAACAAGUCCCUUUCAUGCAGCAAAACAAGUCACCUAUGCAAACUGUUUCCAAGUCUUUAAUGCAAACGUGGAGGAUAGAGGCUUAUCUUAACAACUCCGAUACGACAUUUGCAGAGCCUUGUGACUAUUCAGACCAGUUUGGAGCACUGGAUAAAGGUGGUUCUUUCAUGCAGGAAAGAAUGAGGAACUCUCUUGCCUUGGGCCCCACUAUACUAGAACAAAGAGAGCUUUCCAGAUUCACAAACAACGCCUCUAGGGGUGUUGGUCACCUUGCAACACCUAAAUCCCAUUUGCACAUCUCGUCUAUGCAGUGGAAUUCAGAGGAAGCAGAGAAAAGAGUAAAUUCUGACGAUUUCAUGACAAAGCAACAAAGUCAGCAGAUUAUGGACGACUUUAGUCAUAACUCAGGCUUUGGUCAAGGAAAUAACUCUUACGCCAGCUUGGGCAGAACUCAUCGAAUGAUCACAAGCCCCGAUUAUCUGACAGACAACUGGUACAAAAGGCACAGUGUGGCAGAUCCACGGUCAAACACUGAGCCUACCUAUGACUCUCCAGGUGAGAUGUAUGGGGCUUUCCAAAGGACAUCUGUGAACAGAAGCACUGCAGGCAUAAACACUCAGAACGGAGGGUGCAGAUCCAGUCUGAAAGAAGACCAAAGGUCUGUCUCCCAUUACGACGUCAAGAGUGUCGCAAAGAGUCCCAAAUCUCAAAUCUGGAAGGAACCCCUGUCCAGAACGAAGUCUGCUGCAGCCCUAGAGCAUGAAAGCAAGAGUUCUACCGACAAACCCAACAAUGCAAGCUCUCCAGAGAAGAAGCGGCCCUGGAAAAUCAAAUCUUUAUUAAACAUACCAGAGAAAAAGGAAGAGCCAGUCCACAACACGAAAACACCAAGUGUGAUAUCAGGGGAUAGCACAGACACUUUGACAGCUGAGGAGGAGGAAAGAAUAAGUUGCAGAGGGAAAAAUCUUCACCAAACCGCAACCAGCUCUGUCAAAGACUCAGAAAGCCACAUGGACAGCAGAGAGGACGACAAUCCGAAGCUUUCAAAACCCCGAUUUGUAACUGAGGAAUACCAAAGCCCGUCCCAAAGAUCCUUCCACAAAACUACAGCUGCAAAGAAAAUCUCUGCUCCUGACAGGAGCUGGAGGCCGGGCUCAGAGAACCGCCUGUACAGCAGAUUUGAACCGUUCUGCUCAUUAGAAAAGAAAAACUCACUGCCAAACUCUCAGGGAAAAAGCAAAAGCUUCCCCAAAGUCGAUGUUGAACUCAGCACCGUUCGAGCUACUAAAGGGCACCACGAAAACAAGCUGGAGAAACUGUUUCACAGAAUGGGAAGUUUAUUACACAAGAACAAAUAAUAUUCCCACAAACGCACAUUCUGCUGGUGACAUUUCACAUGUUCCACCAGUCUUUUUGCACUGACUUUGUAAAAUAAGUUUACACUUUUAAUGGACUUCUUUGUUUGUAUUUUUGCACUCGGAUGCACAGAUGAAUGUAGAGGAACGAGGAGUAAAGCUUUGUUCAAACAUGACAA